GCGCACGCGGCGCCUUCCUUCCUUUCCCUUCCAGGCGAAGCGAGGCCGCGCCCCGGCGGGGACGACGGCGGCCGUGUAAUCCCCGACCCUUCUCCUUCCCCAUCCAAAUUUCUCUCUGUUCCUCGUAUCCUGUCAUCGGAGCUUUUCAGCCAGUUCGCAAGGUCGUCGUCCACGCCCCACGGCGAUUCGUUCACCGGCGGUUCUGCACACCUCGGCCACCAACGCGGUGGUGGAAGCGGCGCGGCCGUCGACCUCUGCCGCGGGAGCAGAUCGGGCCAAGGCACGCACGCCGUCGCCGGUUAGCACGGUCGUCUGAUCCCGGGACAAGCUUGUGACCAUGGCGGACGAGCCCGCCGCCGCUGGCGGCAGCGCUGCGGACUCGCACGACUACCCCACCAUCGACCCCACCUCGUUCGACGUCGUGCUCUGCGGCACGGGGCUCCCGGAGUCCGUGCUCGCCGCCGCCUGCGCCGCCGCCGGGAAGACGGUCCUCCACGUCGAUCCCAGCCCGUUCUACGGCUCCCUCUACUCCUCCAUCCCGCUCCCGUCCCUCCAGUCCUUCCUCUCCCCCGACCCUCCCCCGUCCUCAUCGACCGCGGCGGCGGUCGCCGGCUCCGAUUCGCACACCGUCGUCGAUCUCCGCCGCCGCGGCGUGUACUCGGAGGUCGAGACCUCGGGGACCGUCCCCAAGCCGGCGAGGCGGUUCACCGUCGAUCUCGUGGGGCCCCGGGUGCUGUACUGCGCCGACGAGGCCGUGGACCUCCUCCUGCGCUCGGGGGGCAGCCACCAUGUGGAAUUCAAGAGCGUGGACGGGGGCAGCCUCCUCUACUGGGAGGGCUGCCUCUACCCUGUGCCAGACUCGAAGGGGGCCAUCUUCAGGGACACCACACUCAAGCUCUUGGAGAAGAACGCCUUCUACAAGUUCUUCAAUCUUGUCAAGGCGCACAUUGCUGCCACAUCAGCUCCUGCUGAUGAGAUGGGAGAGGGGGAUGCGGCUGCCAUGAUAUCCGAGGAGCACCUGGACCGCCCCUUUGUUGAGUUCCUUACGCAACAGGGCCUUUCUCCCAAGAUGAGAGCGGUUGUGCUUUAUGCGAUUGCCAUGGCUGAUUAUGAUCAAGAUGGUCCUGACCCAAGUGAUAAAUUAAUUACAACGAGGGAGGGAAUCCAGACCAUUGCUCUGUACUCGGCAUCUAUUGGGAGGUUUGCUAAUGCAGAAGGUGCUUUCAUUUACCCUAUGUAUGGGCAUGGUGAGCUACCUCAAGCUUUCUGUCGCUGUGCUGCGGUUAAGGGUGCCCUAUAUGUGUUGCGGAUGCCAGUGGCUGCACUUCUUAUGGAUGAGGAAAAGAAGCAUUUUGUAGGUGCCAGAUUGGCAUCUGGUCAGGAUAUUUUGUGCAAACAGUUGAUAAUUGAUCCAUCAUACAAAAUUCCUACCUUGGAUGCACCGUUUGAUGAUCCAGGUUCAAAGUUUCCAAGAAAAGUUGCAAGGGGAAUAUGCAUAUUCAGCAAUUCUGUGAAACAGGGUUCAUCAAAUGUUCUGGUUAUUUUUCCUCCAAAGUCACUAGAAGAGGAGCAGGUUGCAGCUGUACGGCUUCUUCAGUUGAGCAGCAAUCUCGCAAUAUGCCCUCCUGGAAUGUUUAUGGCAUAUCUGUCUACUCCCUGUACCGAUGCCUCCGCCGGAAAGCAAUUCAUCAGAAAGGCAAUAGAUGCUCUUUUUAGCCCACAGGAUUCAGAUGGCUCGGAAGGCCACCUUGAGACAACCAGUUGCACUGAUGAUGUGAAACCAACAUUAAUCUGGAGCUGUGUGUAUGUUCAAGAGAUCGCACAGGAAAUGUCUGGUCCUUUACUAUCAUGCCCCAUGCCUGAUGAAAAUCUGGACUACAGGAACAUACUGGAAUCAACAAAAAAGUUAUUUGCUGGUAUCUAUCCUGAUGAAGAAUUCUUGCCUAAAAAGUCAGCUCCUGUAUAUGCUGAUGAUGACUCUGAUUCCGCCGAGUAAAACCAUCUUUAGAGGCAAAGAAUUUGACUGGAGAACACUGUCACGGAAUAUGCAUGAAGGCAUCGAUCUCUAUGUCACUGUGUUCCAGUGUAUCGCAAGGGGAGCCUGUUGCAUAGUUGUGUUGGGAUUUUUGCAGCCCUCGUUGUAUACAGGAUGGUGUACGGGAUACAUGCCGAACGCUUGAUAUGUCGUUGUACUAGCGCGGGGGAGGAAAUCUAGUACUUCUUUUCCCUUGAGAUAGUCAACUGCUUAGCUCAUACGUACGUACACGAUGCAGUGUGCAGACUGUGCAUCCCCAGAUCGCCUUUUCAGUUUUGCGGUGUGUUCUUUUAUUCCCAGGUGUGCUUGGAUAUUUUCAGGUGAACUUUGGUCUUUCGGCCUGUACACUUGUACAGUAGGUUGGGUCAGUACCCGAGUGGCCGAGUCUAUAGCAUGUGUUUAUCGAUCA